GCUAGACGUCGUGGAGGCAGGGCCGCCGUCACCGUUAGUUUGUUUAUAUCUGCGGAUAUAAGUGAAUUAUCAUACCCACAGAACAGGAAAAAAAGUUCACACUCGAAAACAGCCAGCAGCAGCAGAUAGCAAGUGCGAGCAAGCUGUCCUAUACACAUAAAUUGCUGAAAAUGUGAUCCAAAUUAUUAAGCGGUAUUGCGACAAAUGCGUUCUUGUCCCGGUUUGCGGCUUAGUUGGUUUACGUAAGCUUAAGUUGCGUCUGGAAAUUCUUUCGUCGGCGAAGGCAAAUUUUUCUGCCCGUCACACACAGAGAGCAUUGAAGAACAUGGCAGAAGAUUUAUCGAUCAAUAAAAAUAAGAUAGUGGCAUAAAGCGCACAAGAUUUGCUCGGGAAUUAAGGAAUAGAGAGGAAGCGAGAGAAAGAGUGAAAGAUCAAAGAUGGAUGCCAUCGUUCUAAUUCGUUCUUGUUGUUUUAAUUGCAUUGGGGAAGGAAAGUUUUGUUUGACUUUCUACAUUUUUAGUCGGGUCGAUUUGUUUACAUGCUUCUCGCGUGUACUUCACGUUAUGCCAAUAAUGACAUCUGUCGUUUGUGUCUCAAGAAUGAAGCGCAUAUGGAGCCGCUGUUUUACACGAAUCUAUUUCCGAAUAUUUUGCUUACGAAAAAAAUAUACGACUGUACAUCGAUACAGAUCAUCUAUGAGCGCAAUCUUCCGAUGUUCGUAUGCAAACUGUGUGCGAACAAGUUAGAUGAGUAUAUCCGAUUCCGAGAGCGCUGCGUGGCUAAUGAUGAAUUUUUAAGAAAUGCUCUAGCUUUUUUCGACUCGGGACAGAGCAUCAUUAAAUCAGAGCAUGAAGUUAAGCAGGAGCCGGUACCACUGACGAAUUUGGUGCAACAGCAUGCUGUUCCAAUUGACUUCCGCCAAAUAAAAACCAUGGUCGAAACGGAACUGUCUGAAACCGCCGAUGAUGAUGAACAAUUUGAGGCAGAUGAACAGUUAUCUUGCAACGAAGGUGAUUUCAUCGCCAAAGAUGAGUCUGACAUUCGAUGUCAUCAAAAGCAGCAUGAAGAUAAACCUUACGCUUGCACAAUGUGCCCCAAGUCGUUCAAGAUACGUCAGCACUUGUUGAUUCACAAUCAUACGCAUGUAGAGCUGCAGCAACGGUUAGAACCGACUGCAGAGGUGAAACCUACGUACAAUUGUACCAAGUGCACUAAGGUAUUCAUCAAUCGGGGAAAUCUGAUAAAUCAUGCGGCCGAAUGUCAUGGUAAUAUCAAAAACUUCAGCUGCGAGAUUUGCUCCAAAUCUUUCAAGUACAACGUUCAACUGCGGAUUCACAUGCGAACGCAUUCAGGAGAACGGCCACAUACGUGCGAGAUUUGCCACCGCGGCUUUUCACAGCUCUCGAAUCUUAGGUCUCACCGAAAGGUUGUCCACUCGAAAGUCAAACCGUAUAAAUGUCAGCUAUGUUUCAAAAGCUUUACCAUGCUGGACAACCUGACUACUCACAGUCUGAAAUGUGUGAAGGAUAAGUAUCGCUGUAUGCUGUGUUCGAAAUCGUUCGCGAAGGAAGGCAAUCUAAUGUCACACUUGCAGUGCCAUAGUGACGGUAUAGUUGAGAAAAAUUUCAAGUGCGAGAUGUGCCCCAAAAGCUUUAAAAACAAGGAAGAUUGGAAGAGACACGUUCGGGUUCAUACAGGUGAAAAGCCUUAUAUCUGCGAUAUUUGCAACAAAGGUUUCGCCCAAAAAGCAAAUCUAUUAUCUCAUCGCAAAACACACCUCAAACCGGACAUCAUUUUUAAAUGUGAAAGAUGCGACAAAAUAUGUCGAACUCAAAAGCUUCUUGAAAUGCAUGUACAAAAAUGUGGUGCCCCCGACUCGAACACUACGCCACCGGCACCAGAUCCGUCAACUCCAACACCGCCUCCAGCGGUUUCAUCUCCACCAAUGUCGGUUACACCGACAUUGGAAGCGCUUUCCGAUCUGCUGCGGUACGAAAUCGCCAUGCGAGCUCCAACGGAGCUAAAAGAGAUACUGCUAGCCACAAUGGAAAAGAAGAAGCAAGCAACGACAAGUGCUGCCACUUCCAGCAGUCGACACCACCGGUGCGAGGUAUGCUUUAAGGUUUACUCACAGUAUCCCAGUUUAGUGAAGCACCGAAAGAUGCAUCUCAAAUCGCCACGGAUGCGGUCCAAGUCUAUAGAAACUGACGAUCGGCCGUACUACUGUGACAUUUGCGGUAAAAAUUUUAAGUUCAACCGAAAUUUGAAGGUACAUAUGAAGCUACACACCAAAGCAAACGGAUGUUUCAAAUGUGACAAAUGCAGCAGUACAUUUGAGUUGGCCGACCAGCUCAAAAAACAUUUGCUGGAACAUCCCAUCGAUGUAGAAAAGAUUUUCAAUUGUGAGUUCUGUUCGAAUACAUUCAAAUCAAACGAAGAUUUGAAGCGACAUCGGCGAUCGCAUACAGGUGAGCGCCCAUUCAAGUGUGAUACCUGCCCGAAGGCGUUUACACAACUGUCCAACCUUCGUGCACACACCAAAAUUCACGAGAAAAAGAGGACAGCGUACGGAUGCAAUAUAUGCCUGCUGGAACUCGACUCGUUAGAAGCUCUCAACAUGCACCUGAAGACGCACCAGUUUCAAUUAUUCGAGCUGUGCAGGGAAAUGAAAUAGAGAGUAUAUAGUCUGCGUUGAUUUGCUAGCGAAAGGUUAGCGAAAAUCUGUGUUAUCUCAGUAUCCGUACUAUAUCUAUAUAUAUACACAUUAUAUACAUAUACACACCGAUAUACACCAGUGUUAUUAAAUGUUUGAAACAUGUACUAGUGUGAUUGUAUUAGCGAAAUAAAUGUUGUUGUAUGUAGAUUA